UGUCUUAGUAGCGUUCACAAUUAUUCUCUCUCUUUUAUCUCAUCACGAAAAAUUGUUUUACCACUUAGCAUUUGACCCAGUCAAAGUCAUUCUUGGAAUUUUUGUUACCAGUUCUGAAAUCUGAACUAUUCAAUUCACAAUUCAAAGUCCAAAUCUUGCAAGUUUUGUUUUACCUUUUUUUUAUUAUCAUUCCUGUCUUGUUCAACUCAAUAAACAUGAUCUAGAGCUCGGUGAUUGAGAUCAUGAAUGAUGGUCAUCCUAUUCAUCAUCUUCUCGAUCGCUUCACCCUUCUUCUGCCAAUUUUCUUCGGCAGUUGACUUCUUGGCACCAAAUCAAGUUCUAUUAGACAAUGGGGGGACACUAGCUUCAGCUGGCCGAAAAUUCGAGUUAGGCUUCUUUGGUCCGUCAAAUGUGAGCAAAAGAUACAUUGGAAUUUGGUUCAAGAACAUCCCAGAGCAAACAGUGGUAUGGGUUGCCAACAAGGACAAUCCGAUACCAAGCUCAUCAGGUAUCCUGUCAAUCACACCAUCUGGAAGCAUUGUCAUCAUCAACAACAGCACUAAUUCUAUCAUCUGGGCAUCGAAUACAUCCGCAACACUGGUCAGUAAUCCGACAUUGCAGCUGCUGGACAAUGGCAAUCUUGUUCUGAAAAAUGGUAGCGACUAUGGCAAAAAUUCAGGUACCUAUCUGUGGCAGAGCUUUGAUCAUCCGUGUGAUACUUUAAUUCCCGGAAUGAAGCUUGGAUGGAACUUCAGAACAAACCAGGAAUGGUACUUAACAUCCUGGAAAAGCUUGCAGGAUCCAUCCACAGGAGCCUAUACGUAUAGAGUUGAUCCUGGCGGACUUCCUCAAGUUGUUCUGAGCGAAGGAUCAGCCAUCCAAUACAGAAGCGGACCCUGGGAUGGUGUUCGCUUUGGGGGCGGUGACCUGGAAGAAAACACUGUCUUUAGACCAGAAUUCGUGUUUGAUGCAAAUAAUGAGUACUACACAUUUGAGAACACUAAUGAUUCAAUUGUUUCUAGAUUCGUACUGAACCAGUCAGGACUUAUUCAGCAUCUAACUUGGAGCAUCAGGCGAAACGAAUGGGUGGACAUAGCCACGGUGCAGAGCGAUGCUUGUGACCAGUAUGCCCUCUGUGGAAGUUAUGGCAUUUGCAACAUCAAUAACAGCCCUUAUUGUAGUUGUCCACCAGGGUUCACCCCAAAACUUCCUGCGGAUUGGCAAAGGAUGGACUGGUCAGGUGGAUGUGUACGAAAAAAUGCAUUGAAUUGCAGUGGACCAGAGGGAUUCAGAAGGUUUUCCAAGUUGAAGCUGCCUGAUACCGCGAAUUUUCUGGUAAACAAAAUAGCGAUUGAUCCAAUGCAGUGUGCAGCGGCUUGUUUGAGAAAUUGCUCUUGCACGGCUUAUGCUAAGAUUGAUGGUAGUGUAUGUGUGGUCUGGUUUGGUGAUCUGUUAGAUGUCAGGACUUACCAUUAUGGAGGACAGGACCUCUACAUUAGGAUGCCUGCUUCUGAACUAGCUAAAGAACAAGAGACUGCAAGCCAGGAGAAUACCAAAAGAAUUGCAGAUGACGAGAUAGAGUUACCCUUAUUUGAUUUGAUCACCAUUUCAAAUGCUACUAAUCAAUUUUCAUUCGCAAAUAAGAUUGGAGAAGGUGGAUUUGGUCCUGUUUACCAGGGUAUCCUCUCAACAGGGCAACAAAUAGCAGUCAAGAAAGACUCAAAAGAUUCUGGACAAGGUAUUGAAGAGUUUAAAAAUGAAGUGAUCUUAAUUGCAAAGCUGCAGCAUCGAAACCUUGUCAGGCUGCUAGGGUGCUGCAUUCAUGGGGAUGAGAGAAUGUUAGUAUAUGAAUAUAUGCCCAACAGGAGUCUGGACUUAUUCAUCUUCAAUCAAGGAAGAGGAAAAGUACUUGAUUGGAGAAAACGCUUUGACAUAAUUGUUGGAAUUGCUCGGGGACUUCUAUACCUUCAUCGAGAUUCCAGGUUGAGAAUAAUUCAUAGGGAUUUGAAAGCAAGCAACAUUCUUCUCGACAGUGAAAUUAAUCCUAAAAUCUCUGACUUUGGCCUGGCACGAACAUUUGGUUGUGAACAUUACCAGGAUAACACCAAGAGAGUCAUGGGAACAUAUGGCUAUAUGGCUCCUGAGUAUGCAGUAGAUGGCCUGUUUUCAGUUAAAUCUGAUGUGUUCAGCUUUGGUGUCCUGGUUUUGGAGAUAGUUAGUGGUGAAAAGAACAGAGGAUUUUGCCAUCCUGAUCAUGACCUCAACCUUUUGGGACAUGCUUGGAGACUAUGGAAUGAAGGAAAUACUUCGAAACUAGUUGACCCAUUUAUGGAGGGGGCGGCUUCUACAUCUGAGGUGUUGAGGUGUAUCCAUGUUGGCCUCUUGUGCGUUCAACAGCGGCCUGAUGACAGACCUGCCAUGUCAACUGUUCUAUUACUUUUGGACAGUGAGAAUCCAACUCUUCCGCAACCUAAACAACCUGGUUUUUACAUUGAGAGAACUGUUAUUGACACAGAUUCUACAUCAAGUGGGAAAAUGCCGCAUAAUUCUACUGAUGUAACAGUAACACUGUUACAUGGUCGAUAAGUUCUGGUUCAUAGCAUGUAUAUAUUUCUUUAAAAGAAUUUAAAGGGUGUGUAAAUGCAAUCAUUUGCGUACAUUCCUAAGUGUAUAGUAUAUGUUGCAGAACGUUAAUUUCUCUUCCAUAUUAAUCAGUUCAAAUGUAAAUUUUGUUUGGACUUUGGUUUGAGCU